UCGCUCAUCCGAACGAUCACUUUCCCCAAUUUCGUUCGGAUUAUCGAGACCCUACUGUAUUAAUAUUAUUACUAUUAAUUCAGAGUAAAUAGAAGUACGAUGUAAACAUUUUUUCUUUUAAAUCUGGAAACGUAUAUUUGAUUACAACCUUGAGACGUUCUCAUUAAUUAUUAAAAUAAUAGCAUUGCUAUUAUCAUUCUAUGAAUUUAAUAGGGAGCUGUCUAUAUACAAAUUUGUAUCAUAGAUUAUAAAUAGUGUAGAAUUGUUGUGACUAUUAAAUAAUAUCAUAUGAUAUUUAUACGGCCGUAUGCGUAUGACUUGGUAUUCGAAUUACCACUGAUUGUAAAAGUAGCCACACACGGUCCGGUCGGCCUGUCAGUUAUGCCUGCACAGGCCGCCGGAAACGCGUUUGUGGGUCCCGGUCGCCUGAACCAUAGACAUAAUAUUAUGUCUAUGGCCUGAACAGUUAUAUCUGUGUAGGCCGCCGGAGAAUAUAUGAAAACUCGUUCGUGUUCGUCCAUCCAGCCGACUGCGGGACUGCGCAGGCGUAUCGAAACGUGUAUGGGUUCCGGCCACAGAUAUAUAGAAUACAUUUAUUCUAUAUAUAUCUGUGGUUCCGGCCGUCCGGCCAAAUUGCCAGACGGUUUAAUUUUAUUUCAAAGUCCACGUGUUUAUACUACACUGCAUAUUGCACUGCUCUACACUUUUGUGAAGUUUUGUCAUUAAAAAAAUGUCUCGAGAGAAAGAAUCUCAGUGUAUUGAAGAUUUUAUUAAUAUUUAUCGAAGCGAACAUUGUUUGUGGAAAAUAAAAUCUAGAGAAUACCAUGAUAAAUGCAAAAGGGACGCUGCCCACAAACUUUUAGUUGAAAAUCUAAAAGAAAUUGACUCUUCUGCGACGAAGUCAGUGGUAGUAAAAAAAAUAAAUAACUUGAGAAGCAGCUACCGGAAAGAGUUGAAAAAAGUAAAGGAAUCAACUAGGACAGGAUCAGGAGCAGACGAUGUCUACCAGCCGAAAUUAUGGUACUUCAAUAUAUUAAGUUUUCUUGACGACCAAGACACACCACGUAAUUCGCGUUCAAAUAUUGAAAGUGAUGACGAGAAUAGUGUCUCUGAAUGUCAUUUAGUAACGAUGGAAAUUGACAUCGUUUCAACCAAGCGACCAUCAGAACGAGAGCAGUUGGGAUUGCCUAACCAAAGAGCCGGCAGCCAAUCAGAAACCGGAAUACGUCGGUGAACGGGGAUGAAUACC